UUGAUGUUUUGAAUUUGGAGCGCUGCUUUGGCACUUAUCGUGACCAGCUAUAACUUAAACUGUAACUACCGAUUUUCUAGUGAACUAUUUCUUCCAAACCAUGUCUUUUUCAAGAGCUCCAGUGAAGCGAUUUAAUGAAAAUAUCGGCUGCGCCCCAGCACCGGGCACCUACGAGCUGAAACCAGGAGAAGUGAAGGGACCUGCCUCUUUCCUCCGGUCAGAGCGCUUCAAACUGCUCAAGGCCGGUGAUGCUCCCAGCAUCCUACCACCAUCUCCUUCUAAAGAUGUGCCCACGUCACCUGUGGCUGUGCGUAGGACCAUGUCUGUGGAUGGACUGGUUGACGGGUCCAUGUCAAAGAAAGACAAGAGUGGCCUAUCGAUGCAGUUGAAACGGCAGAAACUCCUGGAGAAAGAGAUCCGCUCCCUGGUGCAGCAGCGCGGGGAGCAGGACAGGCGCCUGGUAACCCUGGAGGAGGAGCUGAGGAAGGUGGAGGCCAAGCUGUUGUCUGUGGUCAGGGAGAAGACUGGUCUGGCAGCUAACGUCACCACCCUGGAGAGACAGCUGGCUGAGCUCAAGAAGACCAGCGACUUCCUCAAGAACAAGGUUUCUGCAGAUACAACUAAGAAGCGAUUCCAGUCUAUGUCUAUGGAGCUGAUGGAGGCAAGAAACAAACUGGAUGUCAAGGACAAGGAACUCAGUUUCCUUCAGAUCAGUACAGGGGGCCAGGUGAUGUUGCUGGAGACAGACCUGGAGGCGGCCAGAGCUACACUCACCACCCUGAGGGAGAGGAACGAGGACCUGGCGGACCUUCACCACGACACCAAAGUCCACAACGAGGAGCUGGAGAAUGAGAUGGGUACACUGCAAGCUGUGAUCCAGGAGCUGAGAGAGGAGGUCAAUGUUCUUCAGGGUUACCUGGACACAGCCAACGACCACAUCCAGGACCUGCGUAUGAAGCUUCGUGAGAAGACAGAGAUGGAGAACAGCAUGUCUGAGUCUCAGCACGAGAAACUGGGUCAUCUUGAGCAGAAGCUGGAGCAGUGCACCGCGGAGCUCCGGAUCUCUCAGAACAUUCUCCGUCAGAAGGAGGAGGAGUCAGAGAAAGGUCAACAGGACCUGCAGGCUUCCCGGAAUGCAUUGCAGGAGACCGAGAAGCUUCUGGAGUGGCGAGAGGCGGAGCUGACGUCCUCCCAGAAGGCAUUGGGAGAUAUGGAAACACAGAUGCAGCGGGCCAACCAGGAAAUGUCUGACUCCCAGAGUGCAGUGCGGCAACAGGAUGCGGAGGUAGUGCGUCUGAGGGAGGUGCUGAGGAUGACAGUGAAGGAGCUGGAUGAGAGAAUAGCUCAUCUGGGAGAGAAGUGCAAAAUCCUGGAGGAGGAGAGAAAUAGGGGCCAGGGGAGAGUGGAGGAGCUGACUGCAGAGCUGAGCCUCCUGCAGGAGAACUGGAGGAGUGAGAAGGAAGUGCAGGAGCAGCUGGCGCAGGCACACACCUCCCUGACUGAGGAACUGAAGAAGGAAAAGGAGCGUGCAGCCUCCCUGGCCUCGGGAUUGGAGAGAAUUAGGGAGGAGACCGAGGACGAGGGGAAACAGUUGGAGGAUGAGUUGGAGGAGGCUCUAGUGGAGCUGUCAGUUCUGGAGUUGCAGGAAGAGAGGAGGGAGGAGGAGGAGAAGAGGAGAGAGGAGGCCUUACAGAGUUUCCAGCAGGAGAAGACUGAGAUGGAGAGGGAACUGACUGAGACCAGAGCACUGCUAGACAGGAGAAGCAGUGCCGUGGAGGCGUUGGAGAAGGUGCACGGUGCUGAAACGAGGAGGCUGCAGGAGGAACACACCACCUCCCUCAGCAAGAUAGGACACAUGGCCACUGAACUGGAGAGCACCAGACAGGCCCUGAAGGGAGCAGAGGAUAGGAGUAGAGCGCUGGAGGACGAGGUGGAGAGGGUGACUAAGCAGAUGGAGAGAGUGAAUCAACAGGAGGAGGAGGUGAAAAAGCUGAGGGAGGAGAUGGAGGAGGAACAGGAGAAACAUCUAGCUAACCAGCAGGGUCAGGAGAAAGCCAGAAAGGAGUAUGCAAGAAUUCUGUUGGAGGUACAGACACGUCUAGCUCAGCGAGAUGAUGAAAUGAAGAGGGCUGAGGAGGAGGUGCAGAGACAGCUGCAGGAGGAGAGGAUGGAGAAAGGGGAGGUGCAAAGGCUACUCCAGCAAGCUAGAGAGGAGAAAGUGGAGCUUCAAAGGCUAUUCAAGCAAACUAAAGAGGGGGUGCAGAGGCUACUGGAGCAGGAGAAAGGAGAGGGGGAAGUGCAAGGGAUGUCAGAGGAGGUGGGGGGGCGAGAGAGACUGGUGGAGGUGGUAGAGGAGGAGAAGCUAACUCUUCAGUGCUUGGUAGGGGAGGUGGAGAAGGAGAAACUGAGUCUUCAAAACCAGUUGGAGAAGAUGGAGGACCAGGUAAAGAAAUAUCUGCCAUCUCUAGAGAACCACAUGAAUGAGGUAGAGAAAGAGAGGGAUGAUCUGAAAACAGCAGCGAUAUUUGAAAUAGACAAUCAGGGCCUUCAGAACCAGGUAGAACUGAUGGAAGAGAAGGUUUCUCUCCAGAGCCAGGUGGAUGUGGAGGUCCAGGAGGUUUCUCUCCAGAGCCAGGUGGAUGUGGAGGUCCAGGAGGUUUCUCUCCAGAGCCAGGUGGAUGUGGAGGUCCAGGAGGUUUCUCUCCAGAGCCAGGUGGAUGUGGAGGUCCAGGAGGUUUCUCUCCAGAGCCAGGUGGAUGUGGAGGUCCAGGAGGUUUCUCUCCAGAGCCAGGUGGAUGUGGAGGUCCAGGAGGUUUCUCUCCAGAGCCAGGUGGAUGUGGAGGUCCAGGAGGUUUCUCUCCAGAGCCAGGUGGAUGUGGAGGUCCAGGAGGUUUCUCUCCAGAGCCAGGUGGAUGUGGAGGUCCAGGAGGUUUCUCUCCAGAGCCAGGUGGAUGUGGAGGUCCAGGAGGUUUCUCUCCAGAGCCAGGUGGAUGUGGAGGUCCAGGAGGUUUCUCUCCAGAGCCAGGUGGAUGUGGAGGUCCAGGAGGUUUCUCUCCAGAGCCAGGUGGAUGUGGAGGUCCAGGAGGUUUCUCUCCAGAGCCAGGUGGAUGUGGAGGUCCAGGAGGUUUCUCUCCAGAGCCAGGUGGAUGUGGAGGUCCAGGAGGUUUCUCUCCAGAGCCAGGUGGAUGUGGAGGUCCAGGAGGUUUCUCUCCAGAGCCAGGUGGAUGUGGAGGUCCAGGAGGUUUCUCUCCAGAACCAGGUGGAUGUGGAGGUCCAGGAGUUUCCUCUCCAGAGCCAGGUGGAUGUGGAGGUCCAGGAGGUUUCUCUCCAGAGCCAGGUGGAUGUGGAGGUCCAGGAGGUUUCUCUCCAGAACCAGGUGGAUGUGGAGGUCCAGGAGUUUCCUCUCCAGAGCCAGGUGGAUGUGGAGGUCCAGGAGGUUUCUCUCCAGAGCCAGGUGGAUGUGGAGGUCCAGGAGUUUCCUCUCCAGAGCCAGGUGGAUGUGGAGGUCCAGGAGGUUUCUCUCCAGAGCCAGGUGGAUGUGGAGGUCCAGGAGAAGGUGACUCUCUAUUGGGAGAUGGAGGAACAGAGAAGAGACUUCCAGAGAAUGCUGCUGGAGACUCAAGACAAGAGUGAUGCAGAGACGGAACACUGGAGGAGACAGUACGAGGAGCUCUACGCCAAGGUCAAGCCCUUCCAGGAGCAGCUGAAUGGGUUUGCUGCAGAGCGGGAAUCGCUACUGAACGAGAACGGGGCGAACCAGGAGGAGCUAACACGGCUAGCGGACGCCUACGCUCGUCUGCUGGGCCACCAGAACCAGAAACAGAAGAUCAGACACGUGGUGAAGCUCAAAGAUGAGAACAUUUCCCUCAAACAGGAGCUGUCUAAGCUGCGUGCCCAGGUGUCCCGUCAGAAGAAGGGAGGCCAUCCCCAACGCAGAGUGGACCCCAGCAAAGCCUUCAACAACCAGGACAGCAAGGAGAAUCUGGUGACACACCAGCAUUUCCUUUAGUGGGUAAUUGACAGCUUUUGGACAUUUUUUUAAUUGAUUUAUUAUUCUCUUUUUAAGAUCUAACAACCGGCACACAAACAUUGUUUGACAGAAUAUCCAAUCACAUCGGCUGCAUUGUGGUUUGUUCAAGUUGUCUAUCAAUGGCAUCACCUCUACUCUGCCUUGAGUUCGUCCUCCCAUAGUGGACUUGCAACAACAACAUGGUCUGACCUGUGAUACACAGCUGUUUUUUUGUGCAGGGGAGAAGUCUUCAUGUAUUUUAUGAAUGCUUUUUCUAGUUGAACCUCCCAAGAACUGACAGAAAUGUCCACUAAUGCCUAUCUAACAUUGUAAGUCAGGUUAGCUAGCUACAGAUAUAGCGUCUUCAUUUGAGCCAGGUUGCUACAGCAGGAAAAUAAUCCUGCAGCAACAGGAAAUGUGAAUUAUUAUGUGGAUCAUAAUUAUUGGACAUUCUUUUUGGGGUUGAUACAUUUUUCAGGAGGGAAAAUCAAGUCUGAAAUUUCAAACUUCAGAAGAUUUUUUUAAAUCUAAAAUAUACUACCACCACCUGCCAGGCGCCCCCCGCCUCAUCGGAGGACAAAAUAAAAUGUACAUUAUUUAUAUUUUACGGACAUGGUGCCUAUGGUGCCUAUUUUUCUUUUUUGAACGGAAACUUAAACGUUGUGAGAAUUCUGUGUAACUUCCUGCAUGGUUUAGUGGUGGGGCUGUAGCCUUACAGAUCUAGACAGUAGCCAAUGGGUUAUUGGAGCAUUAUGUAGGCCUUCCAACAAAACCAAUGGAGCAAAUCCCAGAACUUUUUCACGUGGAAAUAGCUUUUGAUUUCUAUGAUAUAGCCUACAUGUGGUGUUCAAUACAGGCCUACAUUGCAUGAGUUUUACAUUAUGAAGGGCUUGACAUUAAUAAAUUAUUUUGUACCUGGUCUGUAACACCGUGGGCCAAAUAGGUGACUGUAAAUUGUAUUGUGUUGUAUGAUGCAAGAAACCACUUUACAAAAUAUGAAUUAUUAUUACUAUACAGAGCAUUAGAAAAUGUAGACAAGCCCUCUGCAUAUGGGCUUAUUUGCAUAUUCAAGUCUGUCUCAAAAUACAACACUGCCUCUUUUUAUUAAGACAUAAGCUUUUUACCUGACUGGCUUUUCAAAGACAGCUUGAAAUGUAGCCUCCACGUUCUGUGGAAGCAGUAGCUCCAGAGAUAAUGCAAAUACACAGUGCAUUUGGAAAAGUCAGACCUCUUGACUUGUUCAUGUUUUUUUUUCUUUGAAUUUACACACAAUACCCCAUAAUGACAAAGCAAAAACAGCUUUUAAAAAUAAAAAACUCACAUUUUACAUAAGUAUUCAGACCCUUUACUCAGUACUUUCUUGAAUCACCUUGGGCAGCAAUUACAGCCUCAAGUAUUCUUGGGUAUGAGGCUACAAGCUUGGCACACCUGUAUUUGGGGAGUUUAUCCCAUUCUUCUCUGCAGAUCCUCUCAAGCUCUGUCUGGUGGAGGGUCGGAGCCCAGCUAUUCUCAUGUCUCUCCAGAGAUGUUCGAUGGGGUUCAAGUCCGGGCUCUGGCUGGUUCACUCAAGGACAUUCAGGGACUUGUCCCGAAGCCACUCCUGCGUUGUCUUGGCUGUGUGCUUAGGGUCGUUGUCCCGUUGGAAGCAGAACAUUUGCCCCAGUCUGAGGUCCUGUUACGCUUUGGAGCAGGUUUUCAUCAAGAAUCUCUCUAUACUUUGCAUCUUUCCCUCGAUCCUGACUAGUCUCCCAGUCCCUGCUGCUGAAAAACAUCCCCACAGCGUGAUGCUGUCAACGCCGUGAUUCACCGUAGGGAUGGUGCCAGGUUUCCUCCAGACGUGGUGCUUGGCAUUCAGGCCAAAGAGGUCAAUCUUGGUUUCAUCAGACCAGAGAAUCUUGUUUCUCAUGGUCAGAGUCCUUUAGGUGCCUUUUGGCAAACUCCAAGCAGGCUGUCAUGCGCCCUUUACUGAGGAGUGGCUUCCGACUGGCCACUCUACCUUAAAGGCCUGAUUGGUGGAGUGCUGCAGAGAUGGUUGUCCUUCUGGAAGGUUCUCCCAUCUUCACAGAAGAACGCUGGAGCUCUGUCAGAGUGACCAUCGGGUUCUUGGUCACCUCCCGGACCAAGGCCCUUCUCCCACGAUUGCUCAGAGUCUUGGUGGUUCUGAACUUCUUCCAUUUAAGAAUGACCGAGGCCACGGUGUUCUUGGGGACCUUAGAAAUGUGUUGGUCCCCUUCUCCAGAUCUGUGCCUCGACACAAUCCUGUCUCGGAGCUCUACGGACAAUUCCUUUGACCUCCUGUCUUGGUUUUUGCUAUGACAUGCAGUCAACUGUGGGACCUUGUAUAAACAGGUGUGUGUGCCUUUCCAGAUCAUGUCCAAUCAAUAGAAUUUACCACAGGUGGACUAAUCAAGUUGUAGAAACAUCUCAUAGAUGAUCAAUGGAAACAGGCUGCACCUGAGCUCAAUUUAGAGUCUCAUAGCAAAGGGUCUGAAUACAUAUGUAAAUAAGGUAUUUCAGUUUUAUUUUGAAUAAAUGAGCAAAACAUGUUUUGCCUGUUUUCUUUUUGUAAUUAUGGUAUAUUGUGUGUAUAUUGAGGAAAAACAUGAAUUUAAUCCGUUUUAGAAUGAGGCUGUCACGUAACAAUGUGGACAAGGGGAAGGGUUCUGAACACUUUCUGAAGGCACUGUACGUUUCAGCUAGAAUUAUUUUAGCAUUACUUUUUUUUUUUUUUGUUAUUUUCUUUCCUGAGACGGAAACCUUUCUUUUUGACUUUACAAUUAUACUUUUUUACGUUCUUCCAAAAUACUGACUCUUUAAAAAAAAAUGUUUUUUUUUUUUUAAAUAAAACUCUGUUUACCCUUCUCCUUCACUCUGAGAGAAGCAGGAGGAUUGUUUUCAAUGUAUUGAUGUACCGAGUGUGUUGUAUUCGAUAAGGGAUCGGUGGGAUCAUCCCACAAAAAGCCUGUUGAAAUGACUUUCUUAUUUUUUUUGAUUGUUUUUAAAAAGUGUUAAAAAUAAAGAAAUUAAAUGUAUUAAACAUCCAUGGCUUCUA